CGCUUCUGGGAUCGCUGCUCGUGCUGCGCCUCCGCUGUGGGCGUUUCGCCGGCCUUUUUGCCUUCAGUGGCGCCUGCCUCUCCCAGCCUGGUCGAGAGAGCACCACUCUAAAUCCGCCCGUGCUGCCGCAGCGAUCACGGCGACAGCUCAAGACCUCCAACGCACAUCGAACAGAUCGGGUGAAGCCUCGCGGGCACGAUAACGGACGGCAGCGCAGGUACAGCCCCUCUCUGAGAGAGCGGCCCAUGCUCUUUGCCAUGUCGGUAGCAGCCGCGGCCGCGCUGUCGACGCCCGAGCGCGCUCUGCCGAAGGGCCGCCUGCUCGUCGGCUACGCGACAGACCGUAGUCUGCGCGAGGACAGGGUCGUCGCCGCGUGCCGCCAGGGCGUCAACGUCGUCAUCUGGUCGUUCGCCCACCUCGAGGUCGAGGACGACGUGCCGCGCGUCAGACCGACCUUUGACGUGGACCUGGUAAGGGCGACGCAGAAACGACUGGAAGCGGAGCAAUUGGACGUGCGGCACUUGGUCGCGUUCGGCGGCUGGAACGGGCCGCACCCCGACGAGAAGCUCGACGGCCGAGCGUGGUUCGAGGUCUGGCGCGCGUGGAACGUGGCGCACGGCUUUGUAUUUGACGGGUGCGACUGGGACCUCGAGGGCAACGACGACGCGUCUCAGAACUUGAGUGAAGCGAUGGUGGCGCUCGUGGCGGACUUUUGCAGGGAGGCGAAGCGACAUGGGUAUCUGAUCGCUCUAGCGCCCGCGGAGUCGUACCUCGACGCGGGCUCGGCGGAGGUCGACCUGCUGUUAAAUCAUGAGCCGCGCGCGCCGUGGCGGCCGGGCGAGAACGGCUUUCCCGCGGCGGGCUUUCCCUACGCCGGGCGCAACGCCUACGCCGCGGUCCUGGCCCGGGCCGGCAUGGACAGCGUCGACGCCGUCUCGGUGCAGCUCUACGAGGGCUACUCGUCGGCCUGCUACGCGCUGACGCGCGGCGGCGCCGCGCUGGCAACGUACGCAGAAGAGGUCGCCGCCGGCCUAUCCACGAAAGGCGUGACCGUCGGGGCCGACGUCGUCCGAGUGCCGCGCGAGAAGCUGCUGCUCGGCUUCGCGAACGGCUGGGCCGACAACGAGAAAUUCAUCAGAGUGGAGCCCGAAGACGCCGCGCGCGCCGUGCAAUCGGCGGGCUUGCGGGGCGCAAUGUUCUGGGUCAUCGACGAAGAGGGGUCUCCCUACGACUUCGCGGGGCGGUACACGGGUGCGUUGCCUGCUGCGGGUUCCGCGGAGUUGCGUUAAUUGUUCUGUGUGCCUUUUUUUACG